CUACGUUGACGGUUCUUUUGAGAAUUCUCACAAGUACUCUCCCCCCGUCUGGUUCCCCUCUGGAUCCCACGGGUCUCUUUGGCCGAGCGGCAGUGAGCGGGGAGGAGGUGAGUCUCGUCCCCCUGGCAUCCUCGGUGUUGCAAUGGUUGGCCCCUGUAUCCUCGGUGUUGCAAUGGUUGGUAACCACGUUGGCGGUUACACGAGACGCUUGGUGCUUGCGGUGCAGCCUGUGGCCACCACUGCUGCUACAGCCUUUCUCCCGCCUAACCCCCACACCCACCCUUCCUGCUCUUCCUCCCUUCCCCAGGCCCCUGUAUCGUCGGCGUUGCGAUGGUUGGUAACCGCAUCGGCGGUUACAACCAAUCCUUGCACUGCUGGCGCCUGCCUGUUUGGACUGCACUGGAGGGCUGCUGAGGAGAGGAGGCUGAGAUUGGCCGGAUCCGCAUCAGUCCAGCUGGGCGCAUUGCUGGCAUGGACGCUCCUGCUCAAGCCAUCUUCUCCCUGCUGCCACCCCAUGCAUUCAUCCCACACACCCUUGCUCUCACUCCACGCAUGUGCUCACAGGUUGGUCGGAUUCGCAUCAGUGCAGCUGGCCGCAUUGCUGGCAUGGACGCUCCUGCAAGAUCCAUCUUCUCCCUGCUGCCGUCGCUGCAGCAGUUAG